CUUUCAAGUUCAAAUAAUUAAGUAUCCAACAGCAGCCGACGCGUAUCUUGAAACCUGGUGGGCUUUUUGUGACGGCAUGCAAUUCAAAUGAAAUCGAAUUGCAAUAGGUUCUGUAUGGGUUAACUGAAUUCCAAGCAGUAAUAAAUAAAGUCGUUUGUUAAAAGAAAGAAAACUGGCGCAGAGUGAAAGAUUUGCAUACGGAAAAUGAACAGCAGAAGAAAAAUAGCCAGGGUUUCUAUUUUUUUAAGCCCUAUACAGCUAGGCUUUUAUUCUUCCUCCGUCCUCCAUUCGUCUGCAGUCAAAACAUCUUCAAGACAAAUGUCGCCAUCUCUGUUGAGAAAUCCUGCGUACAGAGAGCGAAAAUAUCAGAUUCAGCCCAGAAUAGCCUUUGCAUUGGUUGUUUAUUCAAAUAUUUUUCGCUGCACAAAUAUGGCACUUGCAAAGCAUUUUACUUCUGCGAGCAAUCUUGAGAUUACAGAAUUAGGAUUUGGAGAGGGAAGAAACAAAAACAAGGAGGAGGUAGAUGGCUAUCAAACGAUGAAUUCGGGUUUAAAUGGCAAAAAGAUUGAUGACGGUUUACGUUCUGAUCGCUCAGUAGAAAACGAGGCCUCCGUGCUUCAUAGAACUUUUAUGAUUAACCACAAAGACCCUAAUCCCUACCCUGGCACUAGCACAUCUAUAUAUGAUGUCACCAUGGGUAUGAGAAAUAUCAAGAUGAACCCUCUUAAGCAUAAUUCUAAACCAAACCCUAACUCUAAUUCAACUGCAAAUAUUGCAGAAUUAGGGCUAGGGAAGAUGGAUGAAGAUAAUUUGAUAAGUUCAGGCGUAGCUGGCUCAGAGAAUAGUGAAGUUGGUGGUAACCUAAAUCCUGAUUGGACCCCAUCUGCCAAUAAUGCUGCCGUUAAGCCUAAGAGAACUUUACUGCCUAAUCCUAAAUCAGGGUUUGGAAAGAUGGAUGAAGACGAAUUGAUGUGUCCAGGACUAGGCAACAAUAAACUUGUCAACAGUUUAAACUCUGAUCAACCAACAACAAAUAGUGUCUCUGUGCCUAAGAGAGUUAUCGAGACUAGCUCUUAUUGUAGUCAUAAACCACACGCCAAUCCCAGUUCGGCGGUAAAUGAUUCUUCCAGGAUUUUGAGACUUUUCAAGAAUAUCUUGGAUAAUCCUAACACUAACCUUGAACAGCUCCUUAAUGGGCAGGGGUUAGUUGUUUCAGAGGACAUGGUGCUGCAGGUAUUUUCUUUCCUGAAAAACGAUUGGAACUCUGCUAUGUUUUUCUUUUCUUGGGCCAACAAACAGCCAGGGUAUAGACAUGGUACCGAAGCUUAUAAUGCAAUGCUGGAUAUUCUAGGCAAGCAUAAGUGUUUUGUGACCAUGUGGAAGCUGGUGUUUGAGAUGCACAAACAUAAUCCCUCUUUGGUCACAGAUGAAACCUUCAGUAUAGUGAUAAGAAGAUACGCAAGUGCCCACAUGGUAGAAAGAGCAAUUGAAACAUUCUACAGGCGGACGGAAUUUGGCCUGAAACUCAAUGCACCAGCGUUUCAAGUUCUUCUGGAUGCUCUUUGCAAAGCUAGACAUGUCCAAGAAGCAGAGGCUUUGUUUAAUCUGAAGCAGAAGGAAUUUAAACCUGUUAUGAAGAGCAGGAACAUAAUUCUCAAUGGAUGGUGUGGUUUCCCAAAUUUGAGGGAGGCAAAGAGGUUCUGGGAUGAGAUGAGCAAGAAGGGAUGUAAGCCGAAUUUGAUAACAUACUCUACUUAUAUAAGUGCUUUGGCAAAAAAGAGCAAACUGAAUACAGCUCUGACAUUGUUUGGGCAAAUGUGGGACAAGGGAUGCAUUCCAGAUGUCCCACUUUGCAAUGCCAUAUUAGAUGCUCUUUGCUUGAAAAAGGGAAUUCCUGCGGCUCUGGAUGUGUUUGUUGAAAUGAAUGAACAUGGUUGUCUUCCAGAUGCAGUGACAUAUAAUACGUUGAUAAAACAUAUCUGUGAUGCUGGGAGCGUUGAUAAGGCCUAUGAGCUCUUGGAUGAAAUGCAAAGAAGAGGUUGCACUCCAAAUGUCAGAACCUAUCAUUAUUUCUUUCGUGCUGCUACAACACCUGAGAAGGCUUUGAAGGUUUUUCAGAGAAUGGUAAAAACUGGCUGUAUGCUCACCAGUGACACUUAUAAUUUGCUGUUGAAAAUGUUACUUGGUUGGAAUGAAAUUGACAAGGUCCUUGUACUGUGGGAUGAUAUGGAGAAAAGUGGCAUGGGCCCAGAUCAGCGAUCUUAUACUGUGAUGGUCCAUAGCCUCCAUGAAAAGGGAAAAUUCAAUGAGGCAUACAGGUAUUAUAACGAGAUGAGAGCAAAAGGUUUCUUGCCUGAACCCAAAACCAAGUUACUUGUCAAUGCAAUGGAAGUCAAUGCAAAAGGGAGCAUGCAAUGCAAAAGUUUUUCUCAAAAGAAUGCCUACAAAAGACAAAUUGAAUGGUAAAGUCAAAGCGAGAUAACUUCUUGACUACAGAUCAAGCUCCGAAAGGUGAUUUGAAAUGAAAUUCACUUUAGCUCUGAUACCAUUUGUGUUGGAAGCUGUCCAUUGUAACCUGCCACCAUAAACUAUCAUCAAAUUUAUUUCAACGCAAGGAUGUCCGACAAUGGGAAGAUAAAGAAGAACUCUGCCAUCACAAUUAUUAUUACAUUAAAUUCUUUAUGCUGCGAAGGCCUUGGAGUCGGGGUGCUACUAUGCUACCAUUCAGCCUUCUCCUAAAUGCCUCUCAUGCCUCAAUGCAGAGGACUGGCAACCGAUAUCUUCAUUUAAGAGCUGCAAUAGUCCUUGAGCUCAAAAAUCUGAAAGACACCAGUGAAGGUUGUGGCUGAAAGCUUGAGUCUGUGGCUUAGAGCCACCAAUAACACAAUGGCAAAAGUGGCAACCACCUGCUGUGCCCAAGUAAGCAAAAUGGUUUUUAUUUGUGGAGAAUCAUUUUUAACAGGAAUUGACAUGAGGCAGGGACUACUGAAUUAGUGAGCAGAGGAUCAGUGAAAAGAUCAGUUAAUCAGCAAGGUUAGUAGUCACUGCAGUAAUUUACAGUAGUGAUAAGACUGGUCAGAAAAUAACAUGAUCAUUAUCCCAGGAUGCAUGCAAACUAAGAUACAAUUCUUCCUAUAUGGUUUUUCCGUAAACGACUCUUCACGCAUGCAACUAUUCCAUUUCACACUUUUAGUAAGAUAAUAAAGUAUGUUUUCAAGCAAAAAGACAAUAAGAAUGGUUUGUAAGCAAAAAUGCAACUGCAUAAUGUUGCUACAAGAACAAAAUUUAUUCUAAAUGCUGACUUGCAUGCUCCAAAUGUUCUUUUAACAUCCUAUAUUCAUUUCCCAAUAAACUUCUGAGUUAUGUUCAAUGGUUAUGAUGCAAUGAAAAACUUGUUAGCAAAUGUUUACCUACAUUUGGAGGGUUGUCCUAUAGUGAAAAUUGAAGGCUAGAACAGAAAGACCAGCAAGUGUAGGAGUUGUGGGAAUCCAUAUUUGCAGCAUGUUUUGUACUGAUUUCAUGAUGCUCAUAUCAUCUUCGAUUCUUCAGUUCCAUUGUAUUUCCUUGCUGUUUCUCUCUUUUGUUAAUUAUAACCUCUGUAAUCUCUGGCUUCCAUGGUUGGUUAAUCACCCGGAUAAGAUCUUUAUGAUUCCCUUUUGUCUCAUGAUUUUUGGUAAUUUUGGGUGAAAGCUGGGACUUCAACUACAAGGAAUGAUGGGCGGAUUCGUGGUGCUGCUUCCUUCCAGUUUCUAGUUUGAGAGGCCUCUCCUUCAAUAAGUCCAUCGACUCUCUCUGUUCUCCUUCCUUUCUGAAUCUUGUAUAUCUCCAUUUCUUCUAUACCCACAAAUGCAAGAGCAGAAAACAGAUUUCUUAGAGAUAAUUGGAUCGUUCGAUAGGCUUGUUGCUUGUGUGUA